AUCUCAUGGCGGACGAUCAUGAUCCUCGUUUGGUAGAGGACAUUGACGAUGAUGAGUAUGAGGACGAGUACGAGGAUGACGACUCCGAUGAUAGUGAUGGUCCUUAUGAUGCGAAUAAGGAGGAUGACUUGGGUGAGCCAGAGGAUCAGGCUCAAGAUGAGUUCGAGCGUAGGCUUGACGAUUUUGAAAUGUCAGCUGAACGUGCACCGGCCAUUGUAACUACAACACGUGAGAUUGUUGGUGAGAACCCGACUCCUGAAAGUCAAGGCCAAGGACAAGAUGAAAACAACACAGGUGGUGGAGGGGGGGAAAAGGCACCGGCUGAAAGAAAAACAAGGGGUCCGACGAGAAGCUUUAAGAAACCGGACGGUCCCAUGGUCUUGGAGUAUGACAACAAAGGCCAACCCGGGCCCAAAUGGCGUCGACAAUAUGCUAAUCAAGUUGGCUUAUGUUCGCGGAAAAUCCCCAUUACACUUGUAAUGCGGCAAGUACCUCCGGGUUUGAUUCAAGCAUUUUGGGAUGAUACAAGGAGGCAGUUUUCUAUUCCUAAUGAUCCCGAGAAGAAAAGGGUGUUUGUCUCUUUAUUAGGGGAAAGAUUCAGAGGCUUUAAGACCAAGUUGACUAAUCGGUGGAUCCAGAAGAAGAAGAAGGUGCAAACAAAGAAGAAGAAUGCCAAAGAGGAUAACCGUCUCCCGUGGCAAAUAUGGCCGACCGUGUCAAAAGAUGAUUGGGAAGAGUUCGUUAGAAUGAAGAGUCAAAAGAAAGCCAUUGAACUUCGAGAGCAAAAUCAAGCGAAUGCAGAAAAGAAGGAAUACGUCCAUCGUAUGGGUCCUAAGACUUUUGCUGAAAAGAGACCUGAGUGGGCCGCUUCGGGUUUAUACCCUAAAGCGCUUCUAGUGGGAUCGAAGGAACCCUCUAGUUCCACGAUCACUACAUUGGUGAGUCGUGCCGGUGAUUUCUUUUGUUCUCUCCAUUCGUUUGAUAAGAAAACCGGAAAAUGGUUCAUCAAGGGUCCGGAAGCCAAAAAACUGGCGGAUAAGCUACUUGAGCACACUCAAGAGAUGGUGGAGGGAAAAUUUGAACCAAGUGUGGAGAAUGACCCUUUCACCAUGGCUUUGGGAAGGCCAUACCAUCCAGGACGAGUAGUAGGUUCGGGAGGGUCAUUGCUUGGAUGGAAUAAGGUGAUGGGUCCCGAAUACACAAAAUCGAGUAGAUCUCGAGCCAGUGUUAACUCACCGGGGGAGUUGGAUGCCAAGGUGGCAUCAAUUAAGGAACAAGAAGACACCCGGUGUGCACUUCUAGCCUCGGGGCAUGCAAAUAGUACCGUGUUGAGUUUGGUGGCGUAUGGUAGUGCCCAACCGACGACGGGUGCUACGGCAGGGCCACAUUAUUACUCGGUUGGGAUCGAUUCACUGGUUGCAGGGUUCAAAGACAUCCCACUACCCAUACCGAUAGAGGAGGUUGAGAUAACAGCGCUUUGGCAAGCUGUAGGUAGCUUCGUUGAUUGUCCACGUGCAUGGGUGAAGUUGAUUAAUAAGGAGGUAAAUUAG